GCGCAGUAAGGAUCUUGAGCUGCUCAUAGUGGAAUUACCGCACCGAGGCAAUGAAAAUUCCUGUGUUGCCAACGCCAUUUGCGAAUGGACUGCAGCCAUAAUUCUUCAUUCAUUGCUGGUACCGCUGGUACUGCCACUUGCCAGUCGUCUCGUUUCUCUGUCACGCUACCGGCUCGUCGGUUAGAUCUGUCUCUUUGUCCUUCAAAGAAUUUUGUUGCCUACCAUAAUUUAAUCGCGACAGGUUUAAUUUUAUUUAACAAUCGACUCCAAAAUAUCUAUACACUUUGUCUAUUCGGUUUAAUCGCAUACCGGACUACGUUACGAGAGUGACUUAAUAUCAGCGAUAAAUUCGGAGAUGCAAACAUUAGCAAUUAAAAUGAUGACCCAUCGACUAGAGUGACGCGAUCAGUGUUUUGAGAUAUUAGAAUACGUAUAUCUCAUGUUAUCCCGCGUGUCUAAUGGAAUGAGGUCGUGAGCAGCAAACAGAAACAUUUUGAUGACAAAAGAUAUAGUCGCACCGAAGCGGCUAACGACAACACGUUAAUCUGCGACGGUAGUUAGCAGUGUGUUUCAGUAAUUAUCGAACCAAAAUUGUUUCUGUCAGGUCAUUCUUCUCUGAAAACGUAAGGCAUCGAUAUGUUGAUGCGAGCGUGCGUCGUGUUCUCCGUUUUUUUUGUCAGCAAACUUUUAGUCGGAGUAAACACACAGUUGCAAUGUAAGGAUGAAAGGGAUCUGCCAGUGGACUGGUUUGUUAUGUACAAACUUCCCAAAAUAUCGCAAAGUAGCAACGAUUUGAUAAGAAAAGGUGUGGCAUAUGUUUAUAUGACGAGUAAUACGAUAAAUGAUGGGUGGAAAUUAUCAAAAAAAUCAAUCGGUUUGGAAUCCUCGAUUCCUGGUCGAACUUUAGCACCUUUGUAUCAACAAAACGAUUCAAUUCUUUGGACUUUAUACAACGACCACGCUCCCAAUAAGGCUGCUGUGGCAAAGUAUGGGCAUUCCAAGGGUGUAGUGAUAGCAGACACCCACCAAGGUUUCUGGUUGGUUCACAGUGUGCCUCAAUAUCCACCAGCACCCGAUCAUGGCACGGAGCCUCCACUAAGAGCUCGCAAAGAAAGAUUUGUGAAUGCAAAAUCACUCUCAGAUCAAGGUUACAGCUAUCCUAAAACUGGAGAACUGUACGGACAAAGCUUCUUGUGCAUUUCUGUAGAUAAAGAUCAGUUUGAUAUUAUCGGCCUGCAGUUGAUGUACAAUGAAAUUAUUACAUACAAGAAUAAUUUGCCAAAAAGCCUUACUCAGCAGUACCCAGUUUUGACAAAAGCAGCUAACAAGAUUCGCAUCAACAAUGCUCCGUACAACUCUAAAACAUCAAUUCAGUCUUUGAGUGGAACUGAAUUUAUAUCAUUUGCCAAAAGCGACAAAUGGGAAAAGGACCUGUAUGAUGAAUUCGUCGCACCGCAACUUGGAGCAGAUCUUUUGGCUGAGACAUGGCUACAUGGUCCUGGCAGAUUGCCAUCAGAUUGUAGUGGUGCGAAAGUAAUGAACGUCAAGUCUAUUAAUUUUCCCGAGGCAAAUGUGAUGUUUCCAUCAUCAAACGAUCAUUCGAAAUGGGCUGUAUCUAAUAGUGCUAAUAAAAAUCACAACUGGGUAUGCAUAGGAGACAUUAACAGAGCUAGUACUCAAUUGGAGCGAGGGGGUGGCACGGUGUGCUUGAAUUCACAGGAUUUAUGGACAAGUUAUCGUCAUAUUGUAAACGAUGUGGAAGCAUGUCCCAAAAAAUGGUCUCGUUUCUAGAAUUGGAUAUCUAACUCAGUUUAAAAAAUAGAUAUAACUUUUACUUGCAGUAUUGCCUCUGAAUAAGGCCGCUUGAAAGCGUUAAAAAAAACAUUAUUCUUGGAAAUUACUUGGUCUAUCAGUAACUCGAGCACGACUCGACUCCGCCGGCUUGACCUCUGAAUAGAACUACGUGUCUCUUUACAUAAGUAAUUGUUCAAACACUCGUAAACAGAAAUAUAUAGUGAUGGAAGCACUCGAGCAAGGAUUGGGAGGAAUGGCCCUAUUCAGAUACGCUAUAUUCAGAGGGAAUACUGUGUUUAAUUUACUAAAUCUACCUCUUGCCAAAUUCAGUAAAAAAUGCAUGUAUCAUAGGGUCAUUAAUGAUUGAAUUUGGAGUUGGACCAUAUUAUUUUUCAGGUUGUAGGCGAGUCUCAAAUCAGUACAAAACUUUUCAUAUAAAGAGUAAGUCAAUAACACAAUUUGUGUCUAGACAACAGUAUUCGAGAUUAGUAUAUAUAACGAUUGAAUAUUAUUUUUCCGUUCUUGCAUUGGAGAAAUAAACAUCAU